CUCCGGAUCCCUCCACCAGGUGUGAUGGUCGGCUCCCACGCGGACAUGGCGCCUGCCUCUACCACGGAGGGCGCGGGCGAGAAGCCGGGCCCCGCGGCCCCCGCCCCCGCGGCUCAGUAUGAGUGCGGGGAGUGCGGCAAGUCGUUCCGGUGGUCCUCCCGCCUCCUGCACCACCAGCGCACGCACACGGGCGAGCGGCCCUACAAAUGCCCGGACUGCCCCAAGGCCUUCAAGGGCUCCUCUGCGUUGCUCUACCACCAGCGGGACCACACGGGCGAGCGGCCGUACGCCUGCCCGGACUGCCCCAAGGCCUUCAAGCGCUCCUCGCUGCUGCAGAUCCACCGCAGCGUGCACACCGGGCUGCGCGCCUUCACGUGCGCCCAGUGCGGCCUGGCCUUCAAGUGGUCCUCGCACUACCAGUACCACCUGCGGCAGCACACGGGCGAGCGGCCCUACGCGUGCGGGGAGUGCGGCAAGGCCUUCAAGAAUUCGUCCAGCCUGCGGCGCCACCGCCACGUGCACACGGGGGAGCGGCCCUACGCCUGCAGCGUGUGCGGCAAGAGCUUCACGCAGAGCACCAACCUGCGGCAGCACCAGCGCGUGCACACGGGCGAGCGGCCCUUCCGCUGCCCGCUCUGCCCCAAGACCUUCACGCACUCCUCCAACCUGCUGCUGCACCAGCGCACGCACGGCCCCGCGCCCGCUGCCCCGGCCCCCGCGCAGCCCCCGCCGCCGCCCCCGCCGCCCUGUGAGCCCUGCGGCGGCAAGGUCUUGGUGACAGACGCUUACCUGCCGCCGUCCCUGCAGCCCCACAGCCCGCCCGUGCCCCCGCCGCCGCCGCCGCCCCCGCCGGUGGUGCCCGAGCUGUUCCUGGCCGCGGCCGAGACCACGGUGGAGCUGGUGUACCGCUGCGCCGGCUGUGAGCAGGCCUUCUGCAGCGAGGAGCUGCUCCUGGAGCACCAGCCGUGCCCGGGGCCCGAGGCGGCGCCGCCACCGCAGGACUCCCCUCCCGAGCCGCCCAAGGCCGACCCGCCCGCGGUGCCCGCGCUGCCCCAGCCGCCCGCCGCCGGCGUCUCUGGCUUCGCCUGUCUGCCCUGCGGGAAGGCCUUCCGGACAGUGGCUGGCCUCUCUCGCCACCAGCACAGCCACGGGACCGCCGCCGGGCAGGCGUUCCGUUGCGGCAGCUGCGAUGGCGCCUUCCCCCAGCUUUCCAGCCUCCUGGCGCACCAGCAGUGCCACGUGGAGGAAGCGGCGGCGGGGCGCCCGCCCCCCCAGGCUGAGGCGGCUGAGGUCACUUGUCCCCAGGAGCCGCUGGUCCCUGCCACCCCUGCCCCGCCACAGCCCCCGCCUGCCCCGGCCUCUGCCGAGCGGCCCUACAAGUGUGCCGAGUGCGGCAAGGCCUUCAAGGGCUCCUCGGGGCUGCGGUACCACCUGCGGGACCACACGGGCGAGCGGCCGUACCAGUGUGGCGAGUGCGGCAAGGCCUUCAAGCGCUCCUCGCUGCUGGCCAUCCACCAGCGUGUGCACACCGGGCUGCGCGCCUUCACCUGCGGCCAGUGCGGCCUCACCUUCAAGUGGUCCUCGCACUACCAGUACCACCUGCGGCUGCACUCGGGCGAGCGGCCCUACGCGUGCGGGGAGUGCGGCAAGGCCUUCCGCAACACGUCGUGCCUGCGGCGCCACCGCCACGUGCACACGGGGGAGCGGCCCCACGCCUGCAGCGUGUGCGGCAAGAGCUUCGCGCAGACCUCCAACCUGCGGCAGCACCAGCGCGUGCACACGGGCGAGCGGCCCUUCCGCUGCCCGCUCUGCCCCAAGACCUUCACGCACUCCUCCAACCUGCUGCUGCACCAGCGCACGCACUCGGCGGAGCGCCCCUUCGCCUGCCCCGUGUGCGGCCGCGGCUUCGUCAUGGCCGCCUACCUGCAGCGCCACAUGAGGACGCACGCCCCUGCCAAUGCGGCCGCUGGCUCCUCGGCCCCUGCCGCCCCCCACCCGCCUGCCCCGCUGGCCGCCGCCCCGGCCCCGCUCGCCACCCAGGAUGUCCAUGUUCUCCCACACCUCCAGGCCACGCUGUCCCUGGAGGUGGCCGGCGGCACGGCCCAGGCCCCGGGCCCAGCGGCCCCCAACUCCCAGACUUUCCUGUUGGUGCAGUCGGCCCAGGGCCUACAGCUGAUCCCCAGUAGCGUCCAGCCGCCUGCGCCCCCAACGCCGCCGGCGCCCCCCAAACUGCUCCUGCUGCCCUCCAGUGCUGGCGGUGGGGGCAGCCGCGCGAAGCAGUGUCCCCGGGCAGAGGGGAAAACCAGUCAGGGGCCCGGUGUGGUGUGGCUGCCGGGCCCUGGUGGACUCGGGGGACAGGGUGGAAGCGGUGCAGGGACCAGCACGACUGGGCAGAGUCUCAUUGUCCUGCAGAACGUGGGGGCCGGGGAGGCAGGGCCACAGGAAGUGAGCGGGGUUCAACUGCAGCCAGCCCAGGAGGUGACCACCGUCCAGCUCCAGCCAGCCCAGGAGGUGACCACCGUCCAGCUCCAGCCUGUGGCAGGACAGCUCUCCAGUGCCAGUGGGGGAACUGUGACCACCGAGGCCCCUAACCUGCUGGUGGUUGAGAGUGGCGCGGCGGAGGAGGCAGGGGCUGGGGAGGCCAGCCCUGGAGUGGUCCAGGAUGUGCUGCUGGAGACACUGCAGACGGAGGAGGGGCUGCAGAGUGUGCUGGUGCUGAGCGGGGCCGACGGGGAGCAGACCCGGCUCUGUGUGCAGGACCUGGAGCCCCUGCCCGCCCCCUGCCCGCCUGGCCAGAAACUUCUCAUCAUUCGCAGCUCCCCCGCCACCGAGCUGCUGGACAGCGGCGGGGCGGCCACGCUGCAGCUCUUGGCCCCGCCGGCCCCGCCCGGCCCGGCACCGGCCCCUGCCGCACUCCCCGCUUCCCAGAUGGUACAGGUGGUCCCCACGGGCACGGCCCCGCAGGGCCUGCCCUCCAUCCAAAUCGUGCAGACUUUGCCCUCGGUGCAGCUGGUGCACACGUUCUGACGCCCCGCGGGCGCCUCUGGGCCGCCCCCCAAACCCCGCUCGCUGGCUGGCUGGGCUAGGGGCGUCGGGUGUGGCAAUAAAGACCUAGGAUCUGUG